AUGCCUGUCGUUACUCCAGAAAAGCUGGCUAGCCUGCAGAGGCAGUCCAGUGAUAUCCGAAAUAUUUGUAUCUUGGCCCAUGUUGAUCAUGGCAAGACCUCACUUACCGAUGCUCUGCUCGCCACAAAUGGCAUCAUCUCACCAAAAUUGGCGGGCAAAAUCCGCUACCUAGACUCCAGACCCGAUGAGCAGACAAGAGGAAUCACCAUGGAAUCCUCUGCCAUUUCUCUCUACUUUGCUAUGCGUCGGAAAACAGCCCCUGACGCUGAGCCCGAGGACAAGGAGUACCUAGUCAACUUGAUCGACUCACCCGGCCAUAUCGACUUCAGUUCCGAAGUCUCGACAGCUUCAAGAUUGUGUGACGGCGCCGUCGUACUUGUGGAUGCCGUCGAGGGAGUCUGCAGUCAAACAGUCACUGUGCUCCGUCAAACAUGGAUUGAGAAGCUCAAGCCCCUUCUUGUCAUUAACAAGAUUGAUCGACUAGUGACAGAACUCAAGAUGACUCCCGGAGAAGCAUACAUUCACCUAAGCAAGCUUCUUGAGCAAGUAAAUGCUGUUCUUGGAAGCUUUUUCCAGGGCGAACGAAUGGAGGAGGAUCUCAACUGGAGGGAGAAGAUGGAGGAGCGAGUGAACGCAGCGACAGCCGCCAAGGAAUCGGCUCUUGCGGAUCAAGUCAGCGACACUGGAGAUAUCCAAUUCGAGGAGAGAGACGACGAAGACAUUUACUUUGCCCCGGAGAAGAACAACGUCAUUUUCAGCAGCGCCAUCGACGGUUGGGCCUUCACCUGCAGGCAAUUCGCCGCCAUGUACGAGAAGAAGCUUGGCAUCAAGCGAGGCGUGAUGGAAAAGGUUCUAUGGGGCAACUUUUACCUGGAUCCCAAGACAAAGAAGAUUUUGGGCCCAAAGCAUCUCAAGGGGCGAAACCUGAAGCCCCUUUUUGUCCAGCUGGUACUUGAGCCAGUGUGGACUGUCUACCAAGCAACUGUGGGCGGUGACAAUGGCACUGGUGAUCGAGAACUGUUGGAGAAGGUCACAAGGUCCCUUAACAUCAAGCUCACGCCGCAUCUGCUCAAGUCCCGAGACCAGAGACUUCUGAUGACAACAGUCUUCGCAUCUUGGCUACCCUUGUCGACGGCGUUGUUGGUAUCUGUCAUCGAAUCCUUGCCGUCUCCCGCUGCCGCGCAAGCUGAGCGACUACCCGAGCUACUCGAGGAAUCCCCCGGCUCCGAGCACAUUGAUAAGUCUAUCAAAGAUGCCAUGGUCUCAUUCAAGCACGAAAAGUCCGAUCCCGUCGUCGCCUAUGUCAGUAAGAUGGUGUCCGUUCCCGAGAGCGAGCUACCCGAGAACAAGCGACGAACCGGAGUGCAAAUGAGCGGCGAAGAGGCACGAGAUCUCGCCCGCAAGAAGAGGGCUGAAGCUGCGAGGGCUCAGGCUGCAGCUGGCGAGAAUGGCGUUGACAGCAUGGCAACCGCUCUUGAUGCGGUCAACCUCGAUGAUUAUGCCCCUGAGUUGGAGGAGAAGAAGGUCGAUCCCGAGCAUCUCAUUGGAUUUGCCCGUAUUUACUCCGGAACUCUCUCGGUUGGCGACAAGCUCUAUGUCAUCCCUCCGAAGUGGUCACCUGCUGAACCACAUGCUGCCCCUGAGCCUCAAGAAGUCACUGUCACCGCGCUUUACAUGCUCAUGGGCAGGAACUUGGAGGCUCUUGAGUCGGUCCCCGCUGGCUGUGUGUUUGGCAUCGGUGGUCUUGAGGGCAAGAUUCUGAAAUCAGGAACCCUGUGCAGCCGCCUGGAAGGCGCUGUCAACCUUGCAGGUGUAAGCAUGGUGGGCAAGCCUAUUGUCCGUGUUGCUUUGGAGCCUGUGAACCCCGCCGAUCUCGACAAGAUGAUCCAUGGCCUGGAGCUGCUGGUGCAGAGUGACCCGUGUGCCGAGUAUGAACUCCUUGCAAGUGGCGAGCAUGUCUUGCUGACUGCUGGCGAACUUCAUCUCGAACGAUGUUUGACGGAUCUCAAGGAGAGAUUCGCUCUCUGUGAUAUCCAACCUGGCGCUCCCCUUGUUCCUUAUCGCGAGACUAUCGUCAGGGCCGAGGAGAUGCGACCACCUGCGAACAAGGAGCUUGGUCGAGGUGCUGUUGUUGCUACUACCAGUUCAAAGCAGGUCACCAUCUCACUCCGUGUACAGCCAUUGCCAGCAGAUGUGACAGAAUUUCUGCUCAAGAACGCAGACGCCAUCAAGCGUCUGUAUGACCGCAAGGCCAAAGCGGAGGAGUCUGAGGGCGAAGAGAUCGCCGCAGAGACCGACGUCGCUGCCGGCAACACCCUGUCCGUGGAGGACUUUAAGAAGCAGCUUAAGGAGAAGCUUGAGAGCGGCAAGGGCAGGGAGAACUGGAAGGAUCGCAUAGACAAGAUCGUGGCCUUUGGACCUCGACGAACCGGACCAAACUUCCUCAUUGAUGCCACUGCAGAUGGUAUCUUCUCCAAGGCUUUCGCGACCGAGAAUACCACAGGUGCGGCUCCUCGUGCUGGAGAAUCCCUUCACCCAAGCCAUCUGGCCGAUAAGAUCUCCUACGCCUUCCAGCUUGCUGCUGCUCAAGGUCCUCUGUGUAACGAGCCCCUUCAAGGCGUGGCUGUCUUUGUCGAGGAGGUCACACUCAACCUUGCCGAAGACGAUACUUCGGCUCGAGACAAGCUGGGUCGUCUUACCGGCGAAAUCAUCAAGACCUUCCAGUCCGCCCUGCGUUCCGGCUUCCUUGACUGGUCCUCGCGUCUCAUGCUCGCCAUGUACAGUGUCGAGAUUCAAGCCUCAACCGAAGUCCUCGGUCGUGUAUACGAUGUUCUGACUCGUCGUCGCGGCCGUGUCAUCGCCGAGAUUAUGAAGGAGGGCACACCCUUCUUCACCAUCCAAGCCCUACUCCCGGUCGCCGAGAGUUUCGGCUUCGCAGAUGAGAUGCGCAAGCGCACCAGUGGCGCCGCGCAGCCGCAGCUCAUCUUCGCAGGCUUCGAAAUCCUGGACGAGGACCCCUUCUGGGUGCCCUUCACUGAAGAUGAUCUGGAGGAUCUCGGUGAGCUGGCUGACAAGGAGAACGUGGCCAAGCGAUACAUGGACGGUGUGAGGAGGAAGAAGGGAUUGCUUGUGGAGGGAAGGAAUGUGGCUACGGAUGCUGAGAAGCAAAAGACGUUGAAGAGGUAG